UCAUUUUUAAAACUUAAAGAUAUUCACUUUAGCUUAUAAUGUAGUAUGAUUAGCGAAUCAUGCAAUAAAUAUGAUAGAACAAAUGAUUUGGUAUUUAAAGAAUAUAAACGAUACAAGAAGCGAAAACCUCCUCCUGAUUUUAGUGAAGUAAUUGACUUUCAUCAGGCAGAAAAAUAUAUAUCUUUAAUUAAAGAGUCUUAUGUAGAUAGUACUAUUCCAGAAAAUGUUUUUUGCAAGGUUGGCUUAAAGCAUCCAAAAAACUGGAAAGUAUAUGAGUUGCUAACUUGUCCAGGUUUUAUCGUUAUACAAAAUCCAUUUAUAUGUUAUGGUGCACAAAGUCAUUGGAUUAAGCAAGCUUUAACAGAGUAUACAAAAAAACCAUAUCCAUGUAAUUUAGAUGCUUUGAUGGCUUUGGAUAAAGAUAAAACAGUGUGGGACAUCAGUCAAGAAAAAUCUGUGGAAAACAACUUUAUCAAUCAGUUAAGAUGGACACACAUGGGAUACCAUUUUGAUUAUAACAUUGUUGACUAUAAAGCUAAGGAGUAUUAUGGAUUUCCAAAAGAUCUUGCUGAACUUACAGUUACUAUUGCAGAUGUGUUUAAGUUUCAAAACUAUAUUGCUGAGACAGGUAUAAUUAAUUAUUAUCCAGAAGGCAGUAGUAUGGGUGGACACACUGACCAUUAUGAGGAGGAACUAUCGCAACCACUGAUAUCAUAUAGUUUUGGACAAGCAGCCGUUUUUUUAAUUGGUGGCCCUACAAGAGAUAUAAAACCUGAAGGUAUUUGGGUUCGAACGGGAGAUAUUAUACUUAUGACUGGUCCUUCGCGGACUGCGUUUCAUGCUGUUCCUUGUAUUAUUACAAAAAAUCAAAAAACAAUACCGCACGACAUAGGUGUAUCGUGCCAAUUAUGGCAAACCUCUGAAUAUUUUCCUGCAGCGGAAAGUGCUGAAUAUUGUAAAUGCAUUGAUUGUUCUCAUCAUUUGUGGACUAAUGCUAUGAACGACUCAUCGUGGGAAAAGUUUGCUGAAUAUAUUUCCAAGACAAGAAUAAAUAUCAAUAUCAGACAAGUUCAUAAACACGUGGACAAAAAAAAAUAAUAAAUGAAAUACAAAACAUUAAAAAA